AUGGCGACCUCUGCAAUUCUUCAUCUCUAUUCACCAUCUCUUUCCGUAUCCUUCAAAACCAACAAACCCAUUCUUUCUGAAACCCCUUCCAUUUUCAAACCCCUAAGCUUCAGAAUCAAAGCCACCACAUCAAUUGACUACUCUACCCCGUCUAAAUCACCCUUCAAGAACAACUCCAGCACCUGGCAAUGGAAAUUCAAUGACAAUUCGGUAAACAUCCACUUCGAAAGAUUCGAAAAUGAUGGCUCUCAAAAGCCCUCCAAGAACAUUCUGAUGGUGCCCACUAUUUCUGAUGUUAGUACUGUUGAGGAAUGGAGGCUCGUGGCUGAAGAAAUUGUUGGGAAAAAUGGUGGAGUCAAUUGGAGUGCUACGAUCGUGGAUUGGCCUGGUCUUGGGUACUCUGACAGGCCUAAGCUUGAUUAUAAUGCUGAUGUUAUGGAAAAGUUUCUGGUGGAUUUCAUCAGCGCCCCUGAUAGUCCCAUUGCCAGUUCUGCUUCAGAUAAUGAGUAUGUGGUCUUCGGGGGAGGACAUGCUGCAACUAUAGCAGUUCGUGCUGCAAAGAAGGGUUUGGUGAAGCCGAAGGCCAUUGCUUCUGUUGCACCCACCUGGGCCGGUCCCCUUCCUAUCGUGUUUGGUAGAGAUUCUAGUAUGGAAUCGAGGUAUGGGCUUCUAAGAGGGACCUUAAGGGCCCCUGCUGUAGGUUGGAUGAUGUACAAUGUUCUUGUCAGCAAUGAGAAGGCAAUCCAAUCCCAGUACAAAUCCCACGUAUAUGCAAAUCCUGAAAAUGUAACUCCUAGCAUUGUUGAGAGCAGAUAUGCACUUACGAAACAAAAAGGCGCUCGCUAUGUGCCUGCUGCUUUCUUGACCGGAUUGCUCGAUCCGGUAAACACCAGGGAGGAAUUCAUUGAACUAUUUGCAGGACUAAAAGGAGAUAUCCCAGUCUUAGUUAUGUCGACUGCAAGUGCACCGAAAAGAUCAAAAGCAGAAAUGGAAUCUCUUAGGGGAGCGAAAGGAGUAAGCAAAUUUAUUGAAGUACCAGGCUUAAGAAUAGUAACAAUCAAUAGUGGCAAAGAGCAGAGAUCACACGUCCACAGGAAGCAAUUUUUGGGGUCAACAAUUGAGGGCUAUUGA